CUCCAGCUCCGAGAGGAAAGUGUCUGCUGAAAAAAAAAGUGAUUUCUUUAUCCGAGUGACACAAGUAACAGUUGCAAUACGUGCCUUGACUAUAAUCCUCGCGUUCAGAGUUUGUUUCUGAAACGGUGACCGCAGUCAAUCUGUAUGCAACUGCUACGCGUUGCCUCGACCAUGUCUUACCAAGGAUCACCAUAUUCGGGUCCAGGGGACGAGUACGACUUUGAGGACGACGGGUACGACGAUAUAGACGAGUACAGGGAUCCGGAAGACACAUCACAGCAGCCGCCAGCGGACGAUAGCGAUGAAGACACAGAAGAAGCAAGUGAAACUGACGCACCCAACAAUGAUGAACCAAUUGAAAUCAAAGAACAGAUGUAUCAAGACAAACUGGUGAACUUAAAGAAACAGUUGCAGCAAUUGGAAGACAACAUACACCCGGAGUUCCUCAAGAGGGUAAAGCGAUUGGAGCAUCAGUUGCACGAGAGGCUACGCAUUAACAGGAUAUACAAAGAUCACAUGUACGACGUAGUAGAGAGAGAGUACGUCACUGAGAAGAAAGCAGCGGCGAAGGAGUUCGAAGAGAAGAAAAUUGAAUUGCGGGAGAAUUUGCUCAAUGACUUUGAAGAGAAGAGGAAGCUCAUUGAAAGUGAACGGCAUAGUAUGGAAUUGAAUGGAGAUUCAAUUGAGGUCAAACCUCCUAUGAAGAGGAUACUAAGGCGGCGGGCUAACGAGCCUGCGCCCGCGCCGGAAAAGCGACGGAAACCACUCGCAACAACUCUCACAUUCCAACUGGACGAGCGGGACAUCGAUGCGGAUUUGCGCGCGAUCUCCAGGAACUCCCCUCCGCCCAGGCAUCACACCUCAAACCACCAACCGAGGAAACACCUUAAUUCUAAUAGCUGCGACUCGCCCAUACGCGAGAGCGGGGCGGAGACUCGCAUAGAAGACGGCAAGUUGCUGUACGAGCGGCGCUGGUUCCACCGCGGCCAGAGCGUGUACGUGGAGGGGCGAGACAUGCCUCGCUUCCCCGCGCACAUACACGCCAUCACCGACGAGGCGAUAUGGGUGAAGAAGACCAAUCUGGAGCGAGUACGGAUAUACGUGUCACAGUUAGCGCGUGGAAAAGUGACGUUAAAACGACGCGCUUCGUAAACUAGUGUACAUUAUUUAUAUAGUGAUUAUACUGUGGUGAGUGGCUAUGCGCAUGUCGUUAACCGUUGGACGUACACUGCUGGACGUAGGUCUCGUGAAGAAUCGCGUCCAGCGGCACCCUGCGACUCGUUGGACGUCAUCUGUCAACAAAGUCAGUGGUGUACCAACGCUGCGUUUGUUUAGUACACGCUAGAUUUUAUACAUAAUAAUAUGAAGCAUUUUUUAAAGUGCCAACGGUGAUUUAAACCGAUCGCACGGUCGAAUGAACUGCCCAUCCGAAUAUGAUGACGUCAUUUCUAUAUUUAGAGGGAUACAGUAAAAAAGCAGAGUGCCUUCACAAGCGGAAGGUAUCGCAUUUAAGCGAGGUGUACAGUUAAUUCGACCGCUUUUAAAGAGGACUGUGAUUAUGUAAUUCUGAUGUGAUUGUCUUAGGUACUUUUCUCGAUGAAUUGAUUGUAAAAAAUGUUUUGUGGGUUUUCAAUUUGGAUGGGAUCAGUAGCGUGCACAGGGUUUUUGACCAGAGUAUGCGUACAAAGGAAAAUGACAGAAAAUGGAAAAAUCCUUCCCCUUUAUGAGCUAUACAAAAGUUUUAGGGUACGCAGUGCUUUUGUGCAUGUAUGAAGUGCACGCCACUGGAUGGGAUUUAUUAUUUUUACCAACCACCGUAUUUUGUAACUUUUAAGAGAGUUGCCAACUGGUAUCGGGUCUACAAAAAGAGGAAGACCACUGUCAAUUAGUUUCUAGAGGCCGUUCCAACUCAACCAAAAGUAAAAGUAUGCAAAGCCCAUUGUUUUCGUAUAGCUGACGUGAUUACCAUCUAGAACACACCCCAUCAAAAAUAAGCAAAACAAAAACCCCCCACCCCUCCAAAUGUAAUAACUGCAUGGCCCUCUACAGGGCGCCAAAUGUUAGUUUUCAAACUAACUGUCCAAAUUUUUCGAUUUAUAACACCGUGGAAUACCCACCAUUGAAACUAUAUAAUUUGUUAUAAAUUAUUACAUAAAAAACAAAAUUAUUUAACAAUUCACACAUAUUAACUCUUUGUUCUGAUUCUCUUUAAUCUAAGUGACAACCACAGACCCAUAAUCCCAGACUGGUGACAAACUGUCAAACACAUAGCGCCUUUGAAAGUUUUUAGUAAUCUUCGCCCUUUCUGGGACAAGUGUACAACCAUUGCUGUCAAUGUCAACUUUGAAUUGAAUACGCCCGGUUGGCAUCUUUCGGAACAGUUACCUUCGGUUGUAGACUCAGUAUUGGAUGGAAACGAUCUAAUGGAAACCUACAUACGGUUUUGGGUAGGAAUUAUCCAUAACAUAAGUAGUGAUUUAGUGUAUGACUAGUAAUCUGAGUUGAAUGACGAUAAGGUGGUUGAUUUGAAUGACGAUAAGGUGGUUGAUCAUCGGUAUGCUAAUGGGACCGGAAACCAAAAUCAAACCAAUGAUGGACUGUCCAAUUCCGGCAUCAUAUAGUUUUUGGGGGUCAUAAAUUCUAUGUAGAAAAAUAUAUUUUUAAAUAUAUUGUUGAUAUUUUAAAUGAAAUAAAAAAACAUUCCUUUACCACCAAAAAAUGAAAUCCGCCUCGUGAGAAUGUAUUUAUUGUAAAUGUGGGUAGUUAUAGAAAAUGAAAUUGUUUUUGUUCGGAUAACCGUUUAGUAUUCGUUUAAUGCCAAUAUUGUUUGUGUAUAACAAUACACAAACUCAUAAUUUACAGGUUUUUUUGUCUGCAACCAAUCAUCAUAAAUAAACAAAUAUACUAUGACAAUACACAC